UGUUUGGAUGUUUCUUCUAAAUGGUCACGUGUUGGGAAUAAUUGUACCGAUUGACAAUUUCAUACAACCAACAGAAUUCGGAGAAAAGAAAAUCACAAAAGAUGGGGAGGACAUUUUGAUUCAAAAAGUUGAGGAAGAAAUGUUGGCUCUAAAUAGAACAACUGAUCCAAGGGAUAAAAGGGCUCUUGGUGUGCUUAUACAGGGAUUAGUUGAAGCACUUGGUUGGAACCCAAUGCCAUUACAGAUAGCAUCAUUGCCAAAUCCACCAGCAACUCCAGCGCCUGUGCCAUUUUUUCCAACCACAGCAGCAAAACCUUUGCAACCACAGACUGCAGCUGCAACCCCAGCACAAGCCAGGCAAAGAGAAACACUUCGCUUAACAGGUGUUGUUAAUUUUGGAAAUAAUUCUGAUCUUGUUGGACAUCUGAAGCAAUACGAAACUAUAUUUCAUGGUCCACGACCUACACCUACAAUGCAAAGUACACCCCGACCUUCGAUACCACCACCUCCGCCUCCACCUCCUCCGCCACCACCACCACCUAUUGAUGUACCCGACUACGAAAUAGAUUAUGAUGAACGGAACAAGCCAAUUAGUGCUCCUAAUUUAAUAGACGUCAGAUCGCGUAUUAAUGAGAAUACCAAAUCACCCAAUCUGAUCAAACUCCGUUCGAAUGAUGACGAAAGUACCAAACCUCCACUCCUUGUACCUUAUUUAGUAAAAAUCCCCCUACCAAUCGCUCCUAAUCUUCCACCCCUACUUCCCGUAUAUCCAUUUGGUAAGGAUUUUGAUAGUAAAUUCAAAAAUACCGAACAAAUCGAAGACGACGAUGAUGAUGAUGACAACAAGAAAGUUUUCGAUGAUAUCGAUUUCAAGAACGACGAAUUUUUCUCCAGAAAUGACAAACAAUCGGAUGAUGAAGAUUUCGAGUACCGAAACAAAGAAAGUAAAGAAAGCUACAACGAGGAAAGUAAGGAAAUUUUUAGUGACAAGGAAGUGAUGGAUCCCUCCGGUCUCGUUACAGAUUUCCCUUUCGAAAAUCCACCGAAGAAGGAAAAAAUACCCAAAUUGUCAAAGAAUAAAAACUACAGUAGUGGACCUUUCAACAAAAAUAAACAGCAGACUGAUGACCAUCAUUUCGAUAGUAAGGAUAAGGGAAUAAAGAGUGGAAACGAAGCUAAAAAUCCGAACUCUAAAGAUAGUCGACUAGAUUACAAUUCACAAGAUAACGCACGAGAUAACAAUUCACAAGAUAAUCCACGAGAUAAUAAUCCACGAGAUUACAAUUCACAAGAUUACAACUCACAAGAAAGAGUAACUAAUUCAAGAGAGAAAGUUGAUUAUAAUUCGCGAGAGAAUAUAAAUUCCGACACAAGGGAAAAAAAUGACUCCGAUUCUAAAGAAUUCUACGACGAUUCGAGAGAAAAUGUCAGUUCCGAUUCUAGGGAAACCUAUGACAGUGAAUCACCAGAGUCAUUAGACGAUGAUAAUUCCGAGGAACAGUACGAAGAUAAAUCAUCAAAUUACGACGACGACGACGAGAAUGACAGUAGAGCCAAUGAAAGAUACAACGACGACGAAUCAUCCUCAGAAGAAUAUUCCAAAAAUCCUUCGCAAGAAUCAACAGACUAUGCUGAUUACGAGGAAGGAUCAUCCAAGUACAAAAAACCAGAAGAAGAAAAAACUCCCAACAGUUACGAAUCCACGACAAUCAGUUACGAUAACGAAAAAACAACCGAAAAUUACGAUAUUCCGUUCAAUACUAACGAGUAUCCAUCGACAGUCCUACCGAUAAAUUACGAUCGCGAGAAAAGUAGAGCAAACGAAAUUCUCCGUAAUAGUUACGGCGAGAGUCUUGAAAAGCAAGGAAUCGUCGACGACAAGGUAGCUGAUUAUUUCACAAUGUUCAAGAAUCCCGACACUGGUAUUUACGAUAUCAACAAAAUCCAAACUACGGAAGCAGAGACAUUGAGAAGCAGAAAAAAAAUUGAUAACCCCAAAAAGGAGAACUACAUCCCCGCUGAAAAUAAGUACGAAGAAUAUGAACUCGAAGAAAAACCAGAAGUAACAAGUAAAAACACAAAGUUAUCAAAAAAAGUUUUUACCGAAGCGAAAUCACUUCCUGAUUCGAAUUCAAAAAAAGGAGGAAAUUCAAAACAUCCGAGAAAGCAGUUUAGUUUGAAAACGUACAACAAUGGAGAUAAGUCAGUGGCUAAAAAUGCAAGUAGUAUAAUUUCUGAAUACGAUAAACCGUUUAGAAGACGUAAUGGUCAAUCCGUUUCUAAACAAAAUUCAACUAUAGUUCCGAAUAAAACUGUUAAAAAUUCAAGAAAAAUUUCCGGUUCCUCAUCAGCGACGACAACAACCGAAAAAUCACAAAUUGAAACAUAUAGACCAUCGGCGAGUAAACGAAAAAAGUCAUCAAGGCAUCAGUAUAACAACACAAGUCCUGUUGCACACGAAACAAAGCAAGACAGAGUAGUACAAAUUCCUAGAAAAGGCAACAGACAUAACAACCAUGAUAACAAAGAAACGGUUUUAGGGGAACUUCAGGAAGAAUACGUAACAUUUACUCCUAGAAACGAAAAUUUUGUCCCACCAACUAGAGAGACAAUUCCAAUAAAUUACAUAUCACCUGGAACUCAAGAAUACCAGAAUGUGUUUCAUCAAACAACUCCUUAUUACCCACCAACUUAUGAGACAAUAGCUCCUGAACAUUGGAUACUAAGACAAUAUGAACCAAAUGAAAAGCAAUAUCAACAGUAUCCGUUCCCCUAUCCAUCAGCAUCAUCACCAAAUGUUGAAAUCAAAAAGAACUACAUUCACCUUCCUAAUGAGCAUUUAGCAGAAUUUAACAUCUUCAACAGUUCACAUCCUAAAGAAAACUACAGAAACACAAAUACAGAAAACUAUAGAAAUACAAAUGGAGAGAACUAUAGAAAUCCAAGUGCUGACAACUACAGGAAUGCGAAUACAGAAAAUUACAGAAAUGCAAAUGCAGAAAACAACAAAAAUACAGAUGCAGAAAACUAUAGAAAUAUAAAUGCAGAAAACUAUAGAAAUACAAAUGCUGAAAACUACAGAAAUGAAAAUGCAGAAAAUUAUAGAAAUACAAAUGCAGAAGACUAUAGAAAUACAAAUGCAGAAAAAAAUAAAAAUACAGACAAGAAUAGAAAUACAAAUACGGGCAAGAGCAGAAAUACAAAUGCAGACAAGAGCAGAAAUACAAAUGCAGACAAGAACAGAAAUACAAAUACAGACAAGAACAGAAUUGCAAAUAAAGACAAGAGCAGAAAUACAAAUCCAGACAAGAACAGAAAAAAUGUAAUACAAGGCAGAUUACCAGCUAGAGUAAAUAAAUACAAAACUCAAAAAAAAUUACCAGAAUCAGCAGUGGAAUCAAGGGAAAACAAUUACAGAACACCAGCCGGUCUUCCGGAAAAGCUGACAAUAAAAAAUCUUCACGAAAUCGAAGACAAAGAAUUUAGAGCAUGGCCCUCGCCGUUCGAUUACGUUUUUGAUGGUACUGUGACUACAAAUGUGGUACGUCCCGUAACCUAUCAGCCCUUAACUGCUGUUCUCAACCCUUACGAACAACCAAUUUUUACAACACCCAUAACACACUAUUCACUGAGUCGAAGAUCCUCGAAAGACAAAGACUUUGAAAAAUCAGAAGGAGAGUAUUCAUCUCAACAAAAUAGUGAUACUGAUGGUCAUCAAAGAAGAAUCCCUCAAGAAGAGGGAUUUGCUAAAGUGGAAAGGGAAAACUAUCCAUUAAGCAUACUUCCCCAAAGAGGUGAAAACAGAGGAGAAACCAGAGGUGGAAAUAGAGGAGAAAAACGAGGAGUAAAAGGAGGGGAAAAUAGAAGAGUAAACAUAAAAGAAAAUAGAGGAGUAUAUAUAGGAGAAGCAGAGAGAAACAGAGGAGUAAGCAGAGAAGAAAACAGAGGAGAAAAAAGAGGAGGAAACAAAGAGAAGUAUCCUUCACAUUCCGAUGAUGUAACUGCUUACGAAUACGAAACAUCUGGUCCAGAAACUGAGAAAACUUCUUCGUCCUUCAUUGAUCCUCACAAUCUUCCUGUCGGUGGUGUUCAUUCCCAACAUUUCUAUCAACCAUCUCAGUCGUUUAUUAAAACAGUAAGCACUGUCAAGUUACCAGCAGCAAACGAGGAUUCUUCUUUUAAAUUCGAAACAGCGACAACAGUGCCAAUCGAACAAAAAUUUAGACGUGUCGAACCAAUUACAUCAACAAAUUGCUCACAAAUUUCCACUACGAGAAAUAAAAAUCGAAGAACCGCAAAUUGCAGAGAGGGAAGAAAAUUAACAGCAACAACGACAGCAAGGACCAAUCAAAAAGAGAGGAAUGACAGUCGAGAAAGAGUGCUACGAAAAAGAAUGAGAACUACAGGAAAAACGGGAAGAAACGAUGCGAAAGAAUGAACUGGAAACAAAAAUGACGGAGGUAUUGGAAAACUUAAAAACCAGAUUGCUAGUCGAAUGAUUAUGAAAAAGAUGUGAUAGAUUAAAGACGAAUUAUAAAUUAUUAUCUAUUAAAUUAUAAUUUUAACGAUUCA